AUGAGCAGUCCAAAGCGGAGGAUCGAGACAGAUGUCAUGAAGUUAAUGAGUGACUAUGAAGUCACACUUGUUAAUGACAACAGCAAGAGUUCUACGUACGAUUCAAGGGACCAGAGGAGAACUAACGAUUGUCUAGCACCGUUCGAGGGUGGUCUCUGGAAAAUCCAUGUCGAGCUACCCGAUCAGUACCCGUACAAGAGCCCGAGCAUCGGGUUCGUCAACCGAAUUUACCACCCCAAUAUUGAUGAGCUGUCUGGCUCGGUAUGUCUAGACGUAAUCAACCAAACAUGGUCACCCAUGUACGACAUGAUCAAUAUUUUCGAAGUCUUCCUCCCACAACUCCUCCGAUAUCCCAACCCAUCAGAUCCGCUCAACGGGGACGCUGCUGCUGUAUUGAUGCGAGAUCCAAAGAAGUACGAGGCCAGAGUGCGAGAAUAUGUCGCCAAGUACGCGAGCAAAGAUGCAGCCGACGAAGCUGGCGAGGAUACCGAAUCAGAUGACGAACUGAGCUCGGUUGGCAGCUACGAGUCCGGGAACGAGGAGCCGGCCGGAGAGAUGGACGAUGUAUGAUGAACAUCUCUUUUUCUCGAAACUCCGGACCGAACUUUUACAUAUGUGUAUUUGGGACUCUUGGACAUGAAAGCACACAGGGAUCCCUCAAUUUCGUAGUUUGCCCCAACGGGGCUGUUACCCGGCGUUAAUUCAGGAGUCGACUCACACACUAGGGAUUGAUUUAAGCCGCUUUUUUUAUGGCCCAGAAAUAAUAUUAUAUGUUAAAUGAACGAAGAGAAUGAAGCACAGGGCGCAGACAACAUUAUGUUCAACAUUUAUUUCGACAGGUACUUCCGGGGCGCUGUGUUUCAAUUUUUCAGCAGGAGGAAGCGUGCCACUCGUAAGGAGCAUGUUUUACAUUUAUCUUUAUUUUUGUGCUUUCUACCGUCUUGCCGAUAAGCUGUUUAUUUCCCCCAAAGGCCUUUUUUAUGUUCCUCGGUAUUUUUUUCUGUUUUGUUUUACAUGUUUCGUUCGUCUCUGCUCUGAUGAUUUGGUUUCACGUCCUUGUUUCGUGGCAUGUCUUAGGUUUACUUCCAUACUUUAUUUUAGCAUGUAAAUAUCUCACCCCUUUUUUCCAAUUCCAAACCUUCCCAGUUGAAU